AUGAACAGAUCAACUGAAAGAUAUUUUCGUUUUUUUACACAUAAGUUUUGGUCACUUGAGAGCUUUAUCUCUUUCUCUAUUGGCAAUGAUGAAUUUGUCGAAAAAAUGGAAGCUCAUUCAAGGUUUUAUAGCUCCUUGCGAAAAAUAAGUGCCGAUACAAAUACUACGCAAGAAGCUCGUGACCGCGCCAGAAAGCUUUUAGAUAAAAAGAAGGAGUGGUUAAGAUAUUAUAUUUCUUAG